UUCUUGGAAUCAGUCAAGAAAACACGUGAAGAUGAAAUUCCUCGCCCUAUUCGCUGUCCUCGCUCUCGCCUCGGCCGAGCUCUCUCUCACCGAGUGGCGGUCCGACUACGACUGGUUCCCAAGAAUGGCCAUUGCCCCACUUGCGGCUAAAACCGUGCCCUUGACCUAUGCCCGAAUUGCCCCACUUACCGCUAAGACCAUGCCCUUGCCCUAUGCCCCUAUGUACUACAAGAUGGCCCCUAAGGCGUAUACCAUUCCUAAGGGCUACAGAGCAACGUAUGACCCUGAGAACUUCAAUGAAGUAUAUGGAUUCUACCCUGACUACAAGAAGUAAUCAAAUAAUCAACACAACUGAUGAAAUAAAUGGCUACUGAAAUGUU